AUGGCUCAGUCCCCACCUUCCAUGUCCUAUUUCGACUCAAGAUUACAAAACCUAUACCCUAGCAAUCUGAAGCUACAUCAAGUUCAAGUUUUCUUACGCCAUGGCGAGCGUACCCCUACCUCGGCUCGCUUUGAGAACACAGGUUUGCCUGCUUUUUGGCCGUAUUGCUCCGCUGUGAAGCACCUAGUCAGCGCCGUGACGACUUCCAAAACUCCCAGCUGGAGCACUUCACAUUGGAGGCGACAUCUUGAGACAUUUGGCUCUGACGAUGAUCCUGUGCUCGCAUCAGAUUCUCAAGGAGCGAUCGAAGGAAUCUGUGAUUUGGGAGAGCUGACAGAUCCGGGGAGGAGGAGCAUCAGAGCACUAGGUGCGCAUCUUCGAAGAUUGUACGUGGAUCAAUUGCAAUUUCUGCCUCCUACAGUCAACGAUCCAGAUACGAUAUAUCUGCGAGCAACUCGCAUACCUCGGGCUAUCGAGUCCUUACAAGAAGCAUUUGGGGCUUUGUAUCCUCCGGAUUUUCGAUCGGAACGCUUUCCGACUCCUGCAAUAAUUCUCCGUGCACCAUCCGAAGAAACGCUUAACCAGAACAAUGGCUAUUGUAAGAGGUUCGCGCAACUAGCUCAGGCAUUUUCUCGCAGAAGUGCCGAGAAGUGGAAUACAUCGACAGAGAUGGAAUACAUCCAUCGUUUGAUCGGCAAAUUCAUGGCAGAAAAUCAGAGAGUUGCUUUGGACUCGCAACCACGUUUGUCUGGGAUUUUGGACACCAUAAAUGCGACUAAUGCUCAUGGAUCUGGAACAAGACUGCCUGAUGAGUUUUAUGACAGCAGAGGCAUGGCUAUAAUGAAUCGAGCGGUGCUAGAAGAAUGGUUUAGUGGUUAUGGUGAAUCUCAGGAAUACCGAGCUCUUGGGAUCGGUGCUCUCUUAGGGGACUUUGUUUCGCGAAGAUCUUGA